AUGAGGAUGGGGACACCUGCUGCUACGAGGAGAAUGAGAUUAUGGAUUUGGAGCCAACGACCCAGUAGGUGUAGGUUUUGGUCUAUGGAUGUUAAUAGACGGGGAUUAUUGGAUGGUGAUUGGUGGUUUGGAAGACAGUUGUGUGUUAAUUUACACACUGUAAAUAGUGGGGAAAGAAUGACUGAGAGUGGUCCUUUUGGUUGCAUUAUGAAGAUUCUGAGUCGUAGAAGGCUUGAAAAUCCUACGGAAUUGCCACGGUUUUGA